AUAUGUAUAUGGCUGUAUCCGUCAAACUCAAUACGACUACUACAUACCUUUGUGCCUUUCCCCUAACGUCGGCAACCGCUCCAGAGCGCCGCCUGAAACUACAACCAAGUUGCUAACUCAUUUAGAUUGAUUUUCUAAGAAAAAAAUGUCUUCAAAAACUUUGGCAAUCCGUUCUUCGCUUCUGGUGUCAAACAGAGCCGGGCCUUCCGCCAAGGCAGUUGGGCCAAACUCGGUCUCCUUUACGUAUGGCUGCAACCCGAGAAGGGCCGUUAGGUUGCCCGUGGUGAGGGCUCAGGUGACUGGAGAUGGCAAAGACGCGGCCAGGACUCAAUCAACCGGAGAGAGAAAAGACACACAAAGAGCUCAGUCGAGUGGAGAUAAAAAGGACGCGGCCAAGGGUCAGGCUACUCAUGGAGAGAAAAAGGACACGGCGAGGGCAGCUCCGGCGACCGAAGAAAAGAGAGACACGGCAAUCGACGUCCACGUCAGCAAUCGAGGCAACCAACAACAAGGGCAGGCAGUGGAGGUGCGGCCACGGCGGCAGGCCCUUCAUCUCUCUCCUUUUGGUUUACUGGACUCCCUCUCUCCAAUGAGGACAAUCCGCCAAAUGUUCGCGUCAAUAGAUCAACUCUUUGACGAUGCAUUGACAUUCCCUGCAGCAGAGUCACGUGCCCCGUGGGAUGCCAAAGAAGAUGAAAACGUAAUCAAGAUGCGUUUUGAUGUUCCCGGACUCACCAAAGAAGAUGUCAAGGUCUAUGUAGAGGAUGACGAGCUUGUUAUUAAAGGAGAACACAAGGAAGAGAGAGCCCAAGACGAAUCGUGGUCUGAAAGGAGCUAUGGUGCCUUUUACACUCGGCUUCGCCUCCCGGAUUACUGCGACAAGGAUAAAAUCAAAGGGGAAUUGAAGAACGGGGUUCUCGUCAUUUCUAUUCCUAAGACCAAGGUAGAGCGCAAGGUGAUAGACGUGGACAUCCAGUGAAAAUUGUAUCAUUCCGUUGUAUUCAUGUUGUUGCUUUUGGCUUUCUUUAGUAGGUGUUGUGGUAUCUUAUGCUUGGAUUGCUGCUUCCUUUGUCGCAAUGUGGAAAAUGAUGUACUAUAUAGUUGUAUAUAUGCACAAUAAACGUAAUUCCUUGUUGUAAACGGAAGCAUUUUGUACCAAACCCGUUCGUCAAGGAUUUUAUUCCUGCUUCAAAUCGGACCCAGUUGGCGUCCGAUGGAAUUAAUCACAGGGAUUAGUCGAGUAAACAUGCAAUUUUCAAUGUGAGAGGAUUAUAAUAUGCAA